UCAGUCGAAGCCAUGCUGCCGUUGACUACUGUCGUUGCCGUCGCCGUCGCCUGCGGGGUCGUGGUUAUUGUAAUCGCGGUCGUUGGCACCAUCGUUUGGAUUAGAAUCCGCCAGGAACGCCUCUCCCUCGCGGUCACCCGAGCAGGUCAUGGCUAUAGUGGUCUUCACGGUCAUUCUCUGCCAUUCAACGAGGAAAUAUUAACGGAAAUCUCACGCGAAGAGGGCAGCGCGCUCAGACAAUACGGGCAGCUACCAUACGGAAGACCGUCGGAAUGGGGGCUGCUGGCGUCGCAGGAAAGCUUAUACCAGUCCCGCCAUGAAUCGGACAGCUCAUCCAACCUGGCAGAGAAAGCUCGCGAUUUGCGCCGCUCUUUUUCAUGGUCCAAGACCCUGCGGCCAUCCAGGAGUCUCACCCGACCGCGCCAAGGGAGCUCUUUGGCGCCAUUAACAGAGUCCAAUGAGAGGCUCUCCCAAUUUUCCCCAGUUUCACCCUUGAAGGAACCAAUUCCGAUCUCGGCAGUAGAUGGUGCCCUGGAACUGCCCACCGAGACGACUCCCCGGCAGACUCCCGAGAGAAACGAUGACGGAAGCAUGGCGAACCCCGAUCCCACUAUCACCUAUCCGACAUCAAGCGUGUUUCCGUUACUCCGUCAGCAUGAACGCCCCAACGGCCUUUUCCCGCUGAUCGAAGUGAGCCAUGAAGCGACAGGCCGAGUACGGGGAGGCAGCAUCACUGCCCAGACGGCUGGAGCCAUGCCAGAGCAUCCAGUGCCUCCGCCUCCGUGUGCCUAUCCGCCAAAUCGCUUCCGGCUGUCGAAGAACGAUUCGAUGUGCUUUUCCUCUUUGAGUCUGGACACAGCCGACAGCUCCAUCUUGGAUGAGAGUCGACAGAACUACGCCGCCAUGGAAAGUGACUUCACGUCUCCGCAUCUGCCCCCGUGUCCUACAUUUGCACCAUACAGCGCCAAUGACGUUGGGCGCACGGAAUACGAACGAAGGAACUUACUUGCGCAGACUGCAGGUCCUCCUCAAUUUUUCUUUCCUGCGAUCUCCCCGACCAAAGAGGGUCGCAAACUCGAACCGGACCGCACCUCGCCACGCCGCAGCUUGACCGCACAUAGCCCAUCCCAGUCGAUGGACCGAAUCAGUCCGCCCCCGCGCCGAAGUGAGUCCCUUUCGGCCAAUUCCCACCCCAAAAGAGACGCCUCGCUGGUGCCGCUCAUGGAUUUCAACCGCAUCCCUCCGCUGAACGCAGUGGGCCAGAACGCGGCCUUGGUGCCACAUUUCAGCCAGCUGCAAAGACAUCCCGUGUAUGGGGGGCCCCCAAGAGAUGUAGACCCUUUCUAUGGCGGUGGAUACACCGCGUACGGCAAUUCUAGGAAGCUAGACAAUAUCUUGCUCCCGGAAGGCGUUGUGCCGGCCUCCUACGGCCAUCUCAGGCCGCCGCUUCCCUCCGCUCUCAAAGGGGGCAGCGGCCCACGGAAAGGCCAUCGUCGACAGAACUGCGUGCGCAUCUCUAUCCACCCCCCCAUCACCUUUGGCGGGCCGGGCUUCUCCCCCAUGGUAGAGGAACCGGAGGAUGGAGAGGAGCUUGAUAUGAGCCGGCCAGAGGUCCCCGAGCUUACCACGCCCAAUCUCGCGCUCAGCUCUACCGUCUCCUCCACGGGUCGCAAAAGCAGCGACACUCCAAAAGGGCAACAAGCCGCUGGAAAUACCAGUAGCCCCGGACGGACGAGGAAACACAAGAACGGACCUUCAACGGACAGCACAAUCGAUAUAACCAUGGCAAUCCCCGUAGAAAAAGAGAAGAUCCUACCAGAAAUCCAGACCACCAUGCUGCCGACCACCGAAGUCACACAUCUACCGCAGACGCCCUCCCCAGACAAGAGCGCCUCAGCAUGGAUGAUCACCAACUCGAAUGUCUCGCCAACCGCGCCUGAAAACCCUCUCGGAUCUAGGGGCUCCCGGCGCUCGAUCGUCAAAGGGCCGCGCAGCCAGCCGGCAAAGUCACCGACGCAACGCAACAGAAGUCGCUCGUCAGGUCCACUCGGGGAUAGCACGAGCACCCAGCCCACAGGAAUAGCAGCCAGCUCGCCUGCGCAAUCCUCGCGCAGCCAUACCACGAGAAGAGAGCAGUUGCGGAUAUCGACCGGCUCACUCCAGCGCACUAGAAGCAACGCGCCGUCCCCGACAUCACUCCACGAGCGCAGCACCAGCGAACCAACUGAUUAUUCUGAAAAAUCCACCCAAACCUCCAAGAAACAGUCGUCGUCCCAGCAGCUACAGCUCGAUAUCCCCAAGAUAACCUCCAGCCCGAACACCAAACCCAACAACAACAAUAACAACAACAACAACAUCAUCGUCCCAAUCUGGGAAGACAGCAAAAGCCCCGCGCGAAAACCCCCAACAAACCCCUUCCACACCGACGAACCCGUCGAACUCCCAGAUACCUCUCCGCGACGACCCCCCGAACGCACCAAGAGCCGCGCCAGCGCCAGCGCCAGCCAGCAGCGCAAGCCGCGCCGGCCCUCCUCACGGCAGAGUUUCACGACCCCGACGAAGAAGGCGAUUGGAUUGGGGAUUGGGGCGGCUACGCCUGGGAGUUUGUAUGACGGGGAUGGGUUUUUGAAGGAGUGAUUGGGGGGUUGGUUUGGCUGGUGCAUGCGUUG